UCCACCUGUACUGUCACCUAGUUGUCAGUCGUCAGGUCGGUCGCCGAUCAUUAAUCAUUGAUCGAGCCUUAAAGGUCUCCGUGUACAGAAACGCCUAUUGAAACGCUCAAAAAUGCUGUGAAGUGAGUGUGUCGCGUCCAAACAAUCGCGAAAAUCGACAAAUUGCGAGUGAAAAUCCCCAUAAGGCCUUAACCUGACUUGCUGCAGCGCUUGGACUUUCCAUCGGUUUUCAUACCCAUGGUGGCUUCUUAGCCUUCAGCUAGCGAGUCGCACGUUUAACAGCCAGAAAAUCGUUCAGCCAGGGCUCCACAUAUGGCAGUGAUCGAGUGACACUGCCUGCGCCCCCCGUCAGUAAACGUCAGUUGUUUCGAGCCCCGGGCAAUCAAACGCAUUCAAAAUUACGAGAAAAGAAGGGAAUAUGAACCGAGGUGGCAGUGUGGGAGCCCGGGUUCAAGUGCCCGACGAACUCAGGGAGGUUCUUCUGGAGUUUACCAUCAGCUACCUGUUAGAGCAGCCUGGGGAUGUGGUUUGCUAUGCAUCCGAAUACUUUAAUCGGCUGAGAGAAGCCCGGGCUAGUGCUCAGCUCUAUGAGGGCGCCGGACCCUCAGAAACCCUCUCUCCAGACGAGUCCACCCUGUCCAAGGAAGAAGAGCCUCCAGUCGGACGUUUCCAAAAUCGGCGAAAAUCCGUCUUUGCGGAAACGUACGAUCCAGAGGAGGAUGAGGACGACGAUGGAACUCGCACCAUUUUCCCCAAGUCGGAUGAGCAGCGCCAAUGUUUGUCCGAGGCGGUCCGGAACAUCCUCCUCUUCCGCUCUCUGGAGAAGGAGCAAAUGAAUGAGGUGCUGGAUGCCAUGUUCGAGAGGAAAGUGGCUAAAGAUGAGCUGGUGAUCAAGCAGGGUGACGAUGGUGACAAUUUCUAUGUUAUUCAAAGUGGGAUCUUCCACGCGUACGUCCAAGCGGAUCCAAGACAGGAACCCGCUCAUAUUCACACCUACGACAAUCGAGGCAGCUUUGGAGAGCUGGCGUUGCUCUACAACAUGCCCAGAGCUGCCACUAUUAAGGCCCAUACUGAAGGCUCCUUAUGGGCAAUGGAUCGGCAAACUUUUAGGCGUAUUUUGCUGAAGUCUGCCUUCAAGAAGAGGAAGAUGUACGAGGCUCUCAUUGAGAGCGUGCCAAUGCUAAAGACUUUACAGCCCUACGAGCGGAUGAAUUUGGCUGAUGCGCUGGUGCCACGCACAUUUGGCAAAGGGGAGCGAAUUAUCAAACAGGGUGACGCGGCUGACGGGAUGUAUUUUGUGGAAAAUGGAGAAGUGAUGAUCAGCGUGCUGGACGAUAGUGGCAAAGAGAUCGAAAUCAACCGCAUUGCCAAAGGUGGCUACUUUGGGGAACUGGCCCUGGUCACCCACAGACCUCGCGCCGCCUCUGCCUUUGCUGAUGGCGACGUCAAGCUGGCCUUUUUGGACGUAGAAGCGUUUGAGCGUCUGUUGGGCCCCUGCAUGGAGAUCAUGAAGCGCAACAUCACCGACUACGAGGACCAAAUGCUCAAAAUCUUUGGCUCAAAGCAAAACAUGCGAGAUAUACGAUGAAGGGCGACCGACGCUUGGCAAUCGUAGUAAGGACGCCCGUUGGAGGCGGCCCUCUCGCCCUUAUUCAUUUGUUCGUUUUUCGUUAUCGUUGCGUUGUUGUUUUUGCGGCGACAACAUAUCCCUGAAUGGUUGUGUGUGUUGAUUGGUCGGGAAAAAAAUUGCUCUAAAAACAGUCGAAUGAGCUUCUAAUCGAAAUUCUUGUACAUAACAUGUGGACAUUGUGUCCGAUCAAUCAAAAUUCGGAUUUUAAUAGGGCUCAUUCCACUUCUUCCGCAACGCGAUGGUUUUAAGCUAGUCAAGAUUUUUGUGUAAAUAAUAUCAGCAAAGAUUAGCGCUCCGGAUUGGUCGGAAGGGCUCGACAUAUCAACUAUCCGAAGUGGGAUUUUUCAACACGCCCCUCUGACUAGUUCGGACGUAACUGCGCUUUGUUGAUUGUCUUUUGUAAAAAUCCAUUCUGAGAGGCUCCCGCUGGUCGGACCAAAGUAUUUAUUAUUUAUGAGAGUGCAAGUGAGUGAAUGAAGUGGUUUAUCUUGCGUGCAUACACUUUCUCAUAGGUUAAACUGGGCGCAUUGAGCUGGAUGCUGUUGCUAAAAUUGAUCUAAUGCUUCCAGUACGCGCCCACCCAAUAUAGUAGGCGUAUUUAUUUAUUUGCGUUGUUUUUGGUUGCUCAAGAGUUUUAUUGCUCAGAUCUGUUUUUUUAUGGGAGAAAAUCCCAUUAGUGUUACGAUUUUUCCUUAAGUGUGGAUUUUGCUAGUUAAUCGAAUAAAUGAUUUCGAUAGCGUUGUCAUAUUAUUCGGCAAAACAAGGUGAGAGCUUGCGCGCUUGUCUAGACCUAUAGGGGCUUCAAACAUGAGUGUACAGAGUGGCCCAAUUACCCAAAUUGCUUCUGUUGAUUAGACACCGUAACAAUGCUGGUCGCAAGCAAGAAAAAGAGCCGUCGUAAGAAAAAAAGCAUUCGUAUAGUGAUUGCCAUAGAAAUCGUUUGCUACCAGGAUCGAUCACGCUGGGUCGGGACACUCUGUCAGUCAAGUCAACUAAGUCCUGAGAGCAGCGCACGCUUUGGUUUUUAGCUGGUUAGAAUGCAAAUGACCGUCAAUGUAACAUAGAAUGUUAUUAUCAAAAAAUAAAAUAAAUAGAUAACCGUAAGUGAAUGUUAAUCUCAUAUGUAUACCUACAUUGUAACAUAGUGUCAUUUGGAAUUUAAAUGUGCAAAUUUGACUAUCACUUCCGUGGUCGCUUCAACAUUCUGUUCGGUUUGUAUACAAUACAACAUGGUUUCUCGGCACAAACUAGUUUUUGUAUCUCGAUAUAAAUUAGGGGUUUGCCCUUGUACUACACUCACUGGUCUUAGAGCAUAAGGCUGAAUCUAGAAGGGUAAUUUUUCUAGUUUAGUGAGGAGUCAAGACUAAGGGACACUAUCACAUUAGGAAUUGCUUUAGCUGUUUUUAAUUAUUUAGCUAUCCGUGGUGGUGCAAACGGCUCUGUCCCAAACUGUUGCCGUGGCAACUAGUCAUUGGCAGUAAAUGUGCGUUGAAUUGGACAAGGACUGGUUGCACCACUGGAGAAAACAGAGCCUUUAAUUUAUUGGCUAGAAAUCAACCAAACUGAUUUUUCCUCUUUGUUAUGAGUGUUAACUUAAGGUUGUAGGUCUAGAUAGGUGUAAAUUACUAGUGGCUUCGGUUUUAUGAUAAACGUAUGGACAUUUUCUAAGUGUAUUCGAUGUUAACUAAAAAUAUCUGUCGUCGUCCUGUGUUUUGCACUCACAGGCUUGGUGUUUUUCUCGGUGUCAUUAAGCGUAAGCCAAGAGGGCGGAUUAGAUACGGGCCCUUUCAGGCGCCUCUUGGCUGUGACCUCUCAAAUUUUCCAAAUGUGAUACAAAUCGUCUCUACUUUCCUCAGCGUUUCCCUUGCCUAUCAUAUCAGAUACUGCAACUGUACAACAAAUACAUUUCGAUCUGUACUCAAUUGAGUAAUGCCUCGAGGUUUCUUAGUCAUACCUACGCUUUACCUUAUGACUAAAUUGAUGAGCUUAUAUUAUACAUACAGAGGGUGUAUUAUGUUAUAGGAGAAUCUGUAACCUGAAUAAUAAUUGUAAAUGUUAUUAUUUUAUGGAAAUUAUAAUAAAUUAAUAUAAUUCGGAUGUGUUAA